AUGGCGCCGCCACCUCCUUCCACACCGACUACCGGUACCUCGAGUACUGCCUCGACACCCACGCAGACUCCAGCACCGUCUGCGAUCCCUCCUCCCAUCCCCGUCGAGACUCAUCCGAACCGUGCAAAGCCUCAGGGUAACCGAGCUGCCGCACCCGAUCCCAACCAUCUCGCUCCGGAAGAUGCUUACAGGUCAUUCUCACCACCGCGACUACGGCCGGUCCCCGAGAUCCACGGAUCUGCGGCUGCAUCUGCUGCAGCUGCCGCACUUCGCCCUGCAGUUGCAUCGUUACGGGCACCACCCGCCAUUCCUCCUGUCGCGGCACGGCUAGCGGAAGAAAGGAGACGAGCGGCCAGCAGGAGACGGAAACAACCGCAUGUUUGGAAGAAGCUCCUUUGGAUCAAGCAGCACGGCUUUCCUGACAACUAUACCGACACCGAGACAUUCCUGGAUCAUCUUCAAAGGAACCCAAGACUGCGGCCGUACGAGUUUUGGCCUCUGGUCGCCGACUCGACGGUCAUUGUGCAGCAUGUAUGCUCUGUGGCCAUCUUCGUUUGCGCCUACGCGGGAAUCUACCAAGGUCGGCUGUCCCCGGUCGCCGUGGUGACAUGCGGGUCGAUUGCCACGAUCGCGGGCUGGAUAGUUUGGGAUCACUGGAUGGGCCAGGAAGAGGCAGAAGAAAUGGCAGCGUUGGUUAAGGCCAAUCGAGUAUCGAUUGAUGUCGAUGAUGGAUCAAGCACGAGUUCGUCCACCUCAGCCAAAGCCGUAUUGAACGGGCACGCCAGCGGACAUGCCAAUGGCGGUCUAGGUGGAAGGGGUGUUGGGCUCAAAUUGUCCACCACCAACCUUGCCGUGAAGGACAACGAAGCAAGGUCUGCAGGAAAGCAUGGCCAGUCGCUGUCAAAGUCGUCCUUUCAGUCGAUUUCGCCCAUCGAUCCUCUGGGCGACCCUACCCUAGAGCCAUUUCCUGAUCUCCGUCCCACGGCAUCGCACCUACAAGUCCCUCAAUCACCCAGCAUCAUCCCGUCUCCGACCACUCUGACACCAUCCAUAUCGCCUCGCAACCAAGCUCGCCUGAAGACACUCAAAUCGGCGUGUCUCAUUUACUUUGCACUCCUGGGCUUGUCACCGAUAUUGAAAUCCUUGACCAAAUCCACAUCAUCAGACUCGAUCUGGGCUCUCGCCACGUGGCUAUUGAUCAUCAACAUUUUCUUCUUCGACUAUGGCAGCCUAUAUGGCCCAACCAAACCCUUGAAUCCCAUCCGGCCAUUGGAAGUCGCCAACACCACCGCCGCCACCACGGCCACAGCUGAUCCAUCGUUGGUCCAUGCGCAUCACUCGGUUCGGGCUCCUCCGUUCCCGUCUUCCUUGUCCACGAAUGCUGCCCUGAUGGCGAGCACAGUUUUGGCCUCCCGCCUCCUUACGACCACCGCCGUGUUCAGCCUCACCCUCUUCUCCAUCCAAGUGUUUGGUCUGUUCCCAGUGUUUCGGCGACAUCUCCGCCACCGAUCAUUCAAGCUGCACCUUGUUCUGACAUUUGCGUUGGUCACCAUGUCUACCGGCGGGCUGGGAUUGAUCUUGUCCAAAUCAUACACCCAUACCUAUGGCAACUGUGGAUUCUGCCUGGGCUGGAUCUGGCAUGUAAUAUUACGAAGUACAGUCGGGUUUGUGGUCGGAGGGUUCUGCACGGCGUUUGUAAUGGGAGGGUGUUCAUGGUGGUUGAUUGGUUUGCAACGGUAUAAAAACGUGGUCAUUGGGCCCUGGGAUCCGGCCAAACCAGUUCUGGCUGGCGGUUCAUACGGAAGAAGUAGAACAGGUACCGACUAA